AUACUCAGGUAGUAUGCUUGUUAGUCUAUAUAUAGAUAUAUUUUGAAAUAUAUUGAUAUUCAAAAUUCAAUAUAUGAAUGUACAUAUGCAGAUUGAUACUUCAAGAGUUUCUGCUGGUAUAAACAGAUGCGCAAUCUUUUGUUAUUGGCACAGUAAACAAGAUACAAUUGUGCCCGCUUUUUGGUAAAUGUUCUUCCUUACCGCUGUUUAUGCUAUUGUUGUUGUCUUGUUAAGAGCGCUGCUCACAACUAUAAAACGCCGCAGAAACACCAACAAGGUACAGAUAGCCACUAGAAGUCAGCAGCAAGAUGGUCCCUUCACGUAGCCUGCUAAUCCUCGCUGUGGUGCUAGCAAUUCUUCUGGCCUCCAUGUUUACUGAAGCGCAGAUCCUGGGACGCGGCCAAUGCCGCCUCACCGCCAUUCGAGUGUCCGCUGGCGGGACAGUGUGCGAGAGACUCUGCUUCCGAAAAGACUACCGCGGUCCGCCGAACCUCUGCCGCCGCAUCCCCAGGGAUGCAGUGGUUCCUGUCUGCUCCGGUGGCUGCUGUCGCAGCGGUCCCAACUGCCUGCAGCUGCUUUACACAUAAAGUAUUUGGAUAAGAUGCAGCACGUUUCAUCAAUAGUUUAGAUUUUAGUGAGAAACUAUGAAUAUUAAAUAUUUCAAAAUAUAUAUGCUACUCAUAAUGAGAGGAUGAGUUCUUUAAUUAAAAGGGUAUCUUAUUAUUCGACCUCUUCCUGUUUUUUAGAGAGCUGUUAGAAUAGUCAAACCUACACAACUUUGAAAUAGUACAUCAAAGCUAAUUUAAAUAUCGAUU